CGGGCAGCGCCAGGUCCCUCCCUCCUCCCUCCAUCCCUCCUCCUCCUCCUCCCUCCGCCCAGCCUCCCAUUCCCACCGAGCGCGGCCCCCCCGCCGCUCCCGCUGCCCGCGGCGCGGGGCUCGGCUGCGGGGCCGGGGCUGCCCCGCUGCCCGCCCCGGGGCUGCCCCGCCGCGCUCGGGCUCCGCGGGCGGAUGGACCGGCGGCGGCUGCGGGGAUUUUUAGAUGUGCCCUGAUGCCGCAGGGUCUCCUGGCUCCUGGAAAUGCAGCUCUCUUCCAGCGUGGCUGAACUCAGCUGUGACGAGACCAUGGACCCACCCGCCGAGGAUUUCCAGCAGGUCCUGUCCAUCGACCAAAUCCGCUCCAUCCGUGCCAGCAACAACUACGUGGAGAGACCGGCGGCGUGCUUCCAGCAAGCCCGCUCCAACCCCUCGCUGUCGCAGCCCCCGCACAAGCAGGAGUGGUCCCAGGACCGCCUGGCGUCUUCCACCUUCCAGGACCUGCACCGCAGCCACAGCCAGCAGCACCAGAUGCCGCCUCUGCAGCCGCACCUGAGCCACUCGAGCACGGCCAGCUCGGUGUCGCAGAGCACCACGGCCUCCGAGCAGCGCCUGCUGAGCAGCUUGACGCCGUCGCACUCCGGGCACUCGCUGGUGCGGACGCAGCCCCGCGGGGGUGAGCUGAAGGCGGAGGAGUCGCCGCGGAAGGGCGCGGAGCCGCCGCCGGCGCACGGGCACCUGCUGCUGUGCGAGGCGUGCGGGCGCUGCCGCUGCCCGCGCUGCACGGCCGCCCGCAGCCUGCCCUCCUGCUGGCUCUGCAACCAGCGCUGCCUCUGCUCCGCCGAGAGCCUCCUCGACUACGGGACCUGCCUCUGCUGCGUCAAGGGGCUCUUCUACCACUGCUCCACCGACGACGAGGACACCUGCGCCGACGACCCCUGCUCCUGCGGGCCGGGCUCCUGCUGCGCCCGCUGGGCUGCCAUGAGCGUCCUGUCUCUCCUCUUGCCCUGCCUCUGCUGCUACUUUCCCACCCUGGGGUGCCUCAAACUUUGCCAGCGGGGUUAUGACGGCCUGAAACGCCCCGGCUGCCGCUGCCAGAGCCACACCAACACGGUCUGCAGAAAGAUCUCCUCGGCCAGCGGCACGCCCUUCCCCAAAACGCUGGACAAGCCGGUAUGACCCUCCCGAGGAGGAGAAGCGGGCUUUGCUCCUCUUCCUCCCCCUCCUCCUCCUCUUCUUUCCACCAUCCUCCUUGUCCCUCGGCUCCCUCUGCUCUGCAGUCCCCUCCCUCCCCACUAUCACCUUCCAGGAUUGAGACGGGUGACCUGGGGGAUCCCCCAGGCUUUGGGAUGCCCUGGCUGGGUGGCCGGGGCAGCUGGCACUGAGCUGGGGAGUACCAGUGGUUUUGCACAUGCAGGAGAGGGACAGAAGAGGCAGAGCGAGCUGAGGGUGCCCUCCCUGGCUGUGCCCCACAGGGAAAUGUGACCCAGAGGGUUCUUGGGACUCUGCCCCCAUGGCCAGGGUACCUGAGGCCUCUCAGGGCUCCGCUCUCCGUAGUUUUAGGAGCUGCCCCACAGUGUGGUCCUUAUCCAUGGGGAAGGAGACAGGUCAGUGCGUCCCUGUGCCAGAGUCCCUCAGGAGCCAGACCCCUUGUCCCUCUCUUUCUCCCUCUCCUGUGCUUUCUGUAGGUGGCCUUUCUCCCCUCAGGUGGCCACAGGUCCCUUUCCCCAGGGGGCUGGGCUGCCAAGGGGUCUCACCAGUGGCAGUGGCUUCCCUCCAGUCUUGGAAGCUGCUGGGAGAAGUGAGCGAGCUCCAGUAUGAGGCGGCACCAUGUUUUUCUAUCUCAAAGAGGAAGAGAAGGUGUGGGAAGCUUUAGAAACCUUCUGGCAGGGGAAGAAGCUAUCGGAGGCAGCCCAGCCCACUCUCUCCUGCCUGACUGCAGCAAGGGAAAGGUCCCCUCUGGGAUUUGGCUGAGAACAAGGAGCUGCUUGGAAAUUGCCAUUCAUUUCUCCAGGCCUUGGAGGGCUGCCUGAGGUGGGAGCUGCUGCUGGCUCCAUCCCACCACCCAGCAGAUGCCACAGGCACCAGCUCCGUGCUCGAACCCCGAUCUGGUACCUUCCACCAGCACUGAAUUCACUUUAAAAAAAUAUGGCAAAGCCAACUAUGAGCAGCCACCGCUCCAGGGACUCCCCAGCGGGGCUUCUGUCACCUUGCCUUUGGCUGGAGGACAUGGAAAGCAGGAGCGGGUGUCGAAGCUGGGGACCCCAACCUUCCCUCCCUGCCAAGUUUCCUUUGAGUCCUCACCUCGCUGAGGGGGUUCUGCCACUCGCUGACAGCGGGGACUGGGGCUGGAGCCAGCCCUGGGGCCAUCCCUGGAGCCAGUCCUGGGGCCAGUCCUGGAGCCAGCCCUGGAGCCAGCCCUGGAGCCAGCCCUGGGGCCAGUCCUGGAGCCAGUCCUGGGGCCAGCCCUGGAGCCAGUCCUGGGGCCAGCCCUGGAGCCAGUCCUGGAGCCAGCCCUGGAGCCAGUCCUGGGGCUGGGCCAUCUGCAGAGCAGACGGACACUGCAAUCCAGGUCAGGGCUCCAGGUUUCCUGCUGGGAUGAUAAUAACCCCAGCUGGUUGCUGUGGCUGGGGGACUCCUGGUGGUCCUGGGCUCAGCCCCAUGUCUGCAUCAUCUGGGGGAGUUUGGAGCCAGGAUGAUGUCCUGCAGCUUGGCUCUGCCUGCCUGUCCCCCUUCCCAGGUGUGUGAGCAUGAGAGGAGGGAAUGGUGCUCCUGGAGGAAUAUAUGCAACACAUCCCUUGGCUUCUCCAAGACCCAGCUCCCAGGGCCCAUCCGUCACCUCCUCCCAUCUGCCUCUUUCUGUAGAGUUCUGUGGAUCUAUUUUUGUAGAUAUAAAUAUGACGUUAGGAUGGGUAGGUCUGUUACUAAUAAUAUUCAUGAUACUGCUGUGAACGGUGCCAGGUACAAGGUUUGGCUUCCUGGUGCACUUGCACAGGCUGGAAAAGAUGAUUUCCCAGUCAGUUUAUUGCUAAUCCCAGACCCUUUGUUCCCAGGUUGAUGGGAGUGGGGGAAAUGGAGGUGUACGGAUUGUCUGAAGGUCUGCUCUGCAGGGAGGGUGGGAUUCAGUGCUGGCUGAGAGGUGAGGCAGAAGUGGAACCUCAUUGUGGGACUCCUCUUUCCAUCCAUUCACUUUCUAAAAAUCGUGGUGGAUCCAAGCUCCCUCUGUUGCAGGGAAAAGUGGUUCCAGGGAAUGAUUCAUCCCUCUUGGAAGCAUUAUUCAUUAAAUCCUGUGCCGGCUGUGCCCGGCUCCCCUGACUCAAAUGGCACCCAAACAUUGAACUCCAGGCUCCUUGGGAAGGGGGGACGAAUCUCAUGUCUGGUGGGAGGUUUGUGUAGGAGUAUGUCAUGGACGUGGGUGAAAUCCUCUCCCUGACUUCACCCAGAGCCCGAGGGGGGAUGUGGAAGGAUCUGUGGGUAUCUCAGGAUGACGCUUUGGGAUGCAGAGGGAUCUCCUGGCAUUAGGAAAGGACAGAGCCCCAUCUGGGCAUGGUCCAUCCCUAAAGUCAGCCUGGACUCUGGAAUCAAUUGGAUUUUAAGGCCAUGAUCUUCUCAGAGGAUGCCCUGUAGGUGUGUGAACCCCUCUAAGAUCAUUCCUGUGGCAACAAAUAUAAAAUGCAUUGCUAAUACAUUUAUCCUGAUGCCAAUAAUUGCUUGGCUCCCUACUUCCAAGUGAUGCUGUGGGGAGACACUUCCUCACAGAGUCUCCUUCCUUUGGAAGGCUCAGUUCACUCUUCUAUUGGUGCUGAUUAAACUCCUUCAUAAAAACCAGAGAGCAUUUUUAGGGAGAAAAGGUCCCUUUUUCCCUGUGGGUUGGAGGAACCGUCUCCCUUGAAUGAGAAUGAGAAACAGUUCAUUGAAACUUUUUAAAGAAAACUAAUGAACAGAAUUUUCCAACUUGCUCUACUUAGAUUUUUUUUUCCUCCUCCUUUUUAAACGGAUCCCACUUGUAAAUUUAGUUACCACCUCUGUAUCUUUACAAUUCAUUGCUUCCUCUCCUGAUGGUGGAAUGACUCAACAUGUGAAGCUUCAUCAUUUUCACGGCCUCCCAAGUCAUGCGAGCGCGGGGUGACCUCCCCCAGGUGCUGGAGCUGGGGGAUGAGGAGAAGGCUGCCCAUGGAUCAGCUCCCCAGAGCCAGCUCUGCUUGGCACGGCAGCAGCAGCACAGCUACCUUCAGGAACUGGGGGGAGGCCAGGACUGCCAGGACCCUCCACUCAAUGGGCUUUUUCUGGGUCAGUGCAGAAGCUCCCUUCCUACCAGGGAAUGGUGCCACAGUCUGGUGAGGGCUGAGGAGCACGGCCAGGGCUCUGGAAUGUCUCCUCUCCAUGAAAUGACAAAUCUGGGGGAUACAUUUCAUUAAAUACUGGACAUGUAGAAAGAGUGGGAUUUUAAAAGCUGUGGACAUGGUUUAGUGAUGGCUUACAGUGCUGGGUUAGUGUUUGGACUCAGUGGUCUUAGAGGGCCUUUCCAGCAGGAAUGAUUCCAUGGUUCUAGGAAAUGAAGAGGACGAGAGCCCCAGCUGGCACCGAGGGCUGUGCAACCAGAGCAGGGCUUUGUUUUCACUGAGGGCAGACACAAAAGCCACAUCCAGGACCUGUGGGAGCUGGAGGAGUUCAGCUUGCUGGCCACUGCCCACCUGGAACUCCUGCUGCCAACUCCAGCUGGGGAUCCUCAGCACAUUUCCCCUCCUUGCUCUCAGCAGGCAGACGAGGUUGGGAAGCACCAAAAGCUGUCCAAGGAGGAGCACCCAAAGCUCUGGUUCACCAAGCUCGUCCGUGGUGGGGAAGGCUGUGGGCAGGCUCAGAUUCUUUUCCUGAGCUUUUCCCAACCUCCUCUGAGCAGAUCCAUCCUGCUCCAUCCCCAGCUCGGCUUCCAGGCUGUUUGGUUUGCCCGUGGAGAGGGCCCGGGUUCUGGUCGGGGUUGGGAGCCCCUUUCCUGCCCCACCCUCCAUGAGUCAGAUCCCAUCUGCUCGGGGUGUUUGUCUGCAGCUGCCUGUCCCAGCAGUUGGGCUUUCUCUCUGUCCUGACGUGUCUUUUUUGGUUUUCUUUUGGGAGCGCCACAUGUGGAGCCCUCUGCUCUCCCACAGGGAUGGAUCUGCACUGUGAGGGAGUGUUCCUGGGCUGUUGUCUUCCCUUUGCCAGGGAGCAUGUAGGGCUGGGGGCAGACUGGAGCAGGGAAAGAGAUUCAGGUGCCAAAGGAGCAGGAAGCAGGAGCUGCUGAGCAGGAUCUGAGCUCCCCCUGCUCUGCUCCCCAUCCAGAGCCUUCUUUUCCCACCCAGAAGUCCAAAGCUCCAUCCAUGCAAGAAGCUGUGAUGCUUUUGUUUCCUCCAAGGCUUCCCUUCGUCCCUUUUCCCCACUGGCAAAUCAGUCCCAGCAAAGGUGGGGAGGGGUCAUGGGGACCAGGCUGGAGUGUCCCUCCCAUCCCACCCCACCACUCCUGGUGGAAGGGCCAAAGAGGUCCCUGGGCUGCUGUCCACUCAUCCUUGAGAAACACCAGUACCUCAAAGAGCAGGGGGCAGCUCUUUGUGACUCACAGAUUCCCAUAAAAUCCCACUGAGUUCACUCCUGCCCAUCCCCAGGGGUGAACCCUGAUGGAGGGAGGACAAAUGCCAUUGACCAAAAGAUGCCAAAGCCUGGAAUCUGAGAUUAGGAAUGGCUCUGAAUUGUGGUAGAGAGGGAUGAGCUGGGUUUGAGGGGAGCUGCUGUGGGAGUGGCACAGGAAAGGAGCCCACUGUGCCCUAAACUCCUGUUCCCAGCACUGCUGCUGUUGCUCUUUCCUGGGCUGGGGAAAGCUGGGAAUGCUCAGACACUGGAAGGUCAAAUGUUUGUGAUAGGGAUGUGAUAAGGGCUGACCCCCACCCCAAAGCUCACUCUUGGUCUUUGACGGGAUCCAGUUCAGCCUUGGCUCCUCCAAGGAACCCAUGGAGCCCAUGGGAUACUCUCUGAUCCAGCUGACACAAUCCCAGGGUUCCUCAGAGGGGCACUGCGGGCACGAGGGGUUUUGGAUGGAUGGGAAGGGGUCACAGCCUGCCAGGGCAGCGGAAAUGUGCGAGGGAGGCUCUGGGUCCCCCUCCUGCUGUGCCCAAAGCCUUUGUCACGAGCAGGACCAAUCCCACCCCAGAGCUGGGCCUGGGAGAGGAGGUCCCACAACCUCUGUGCCAAGGUCACCUCAAGUCCCAAGCCUGGCCCAUCCCCACCUUGCCCCUUUCCCCCUUUCCAUUGGGAUGUCUCCUGGCAGGAGCUCCUCCUCCUCCUCCUCCCCUGGUGUCCUCAGCACAAAGCUCUCCUUGGAAGAUCCCCCUGGUCUCCACAGGGCAGGCCCAGGAUCCCAAGGCUCCCAUCCCAAGUUUCUGGGUACAAAGCCCUUCUGUACAGCCUGUAAAGAUCCCUCCCAGCUCUCUCCAUUCCAGUUCCUUUCUUUAAGGUAUAAUAUAUGUUUAUAACCUGAUGGCUGUUUUUUUGACAAUACUCUUGUACCUUUUAAGGGGAAAAAAGUUUAGAAACCAAAGUAUUUAUUUGAAAAGUUUAUUUUAAAGAUAAGAAAAAAAACCCUAUUUAUUUUACUGCACCCUCUUCUGUUUGGUUUUCUUCUCUUGCAAAGCUGAUAAUUGUUACAGAACCACUGCUGAGGUGAAAGAAGUGAUUCUAUGGGUGGCUUCACAAGCCCACUUAGAGCAACUAUUCAAUAAAAAUAUAUAUUAAUUUUGAA